GCGGUCGCCGCCGCUCGCGCUGCUCUUCAGGGGCACCUUCGUGCACUCCCGCCGCGAGGCGCCCCUGGAGGUGCUGCCCGCGCACCUGCUGGGGGUGGACCACGGCGGCAAGAUUGUGUUUUUGGAGCAAAGUGAUCAGCAAGAGCAACUGGCUAAGAAGUGGGGAUUCAAAGCAUCUGACAUAAGAGAACUGAGUAAUCAUGAAUUCUUCAUGCCGGGAUUGGUUGAUACACACAUUCAUGCACCUCAGUAUUCGUUUGCUGGUACAAGAAUAGAUCUACCUCUUCUGCAGUGGUUAACUACCUACACAUUUCCAACAGAAGACAAAUUCAAAGAUAAGGAUUUUGCAGAAGAAGUGUACACCAGAGUUGUUAGACGAACUCUGAAGAAUGGCACCACUACAGCUUGCUACUUCGCAACAAUUCAUACAGAUACUUCCCUUCUCCUCGCUGAAAUUAUAGAUAAAUUUGGUCAAAGAGCUUUUGUUGGCAAAGUUUGUAUGGAUCUGAAUGACAGUGUUCCACAAUACAAAGAGACUACUGUUCAUUCCAUCCAAGAGACGGAGAGGUUUGUUAAAGAACUACUAGAAAAGAAGUAUCCAAGGGUACAGCCCAUAGUAACACCUCGCUUUGCCCCUUCCUGCACAGAAGAUCUGCUGCAAGCACUUGGCAAUUUAGCACAGACUCAUGAUCUCCAUGUACAGAGCCAUAUAAGUGAGAAUGAAGAAGAACUUAAAAUUGUGAAGAACCUGUUUCCWGACUAUCAGAAUUACACUGAAGUGUAUGAUAGAAACAAACUGCUUACCAGCAAGACAGUGAUGGCCCAUGCCUGCUAUCUUUCUGAAGAAGAACUGAAACUUUUUAAUCUUCGCGGAGCUUCAAUUUCACAUUGUCCCACUUCUAAUUCUUCGUUGUGCAGUGGUAUCUUAAAUGUACAGAAGGUUCUGAAACACAAUGUGAAGCUUGGCCUUGGCACAGAUGUUGCUGGUGGAUAUUCAGCUUCCAUGCUUGAUGCUAUCAGGAAAACAAUGAUGGCAUCUAAUGCCCUUCUGCUUAGUAAAGUGAAUGAAAGAGGACUAACUCUUGAAGAAGCUUUUCGACUAGCAACCCUAGGAGGAAGCCAAGUUCUAGGAUUAGAAGAUGUGAUUGGAAACUUUGAAGUUGGCAAAGAAUUUGAUGCACUGCUGAUAAACACAAAGGCUUCAGACAGUCCUUUUGACUUGUUCUCUUCUGAUGCUUUUGAGGAUACUCUCCAGAAGUUCCUCUAUCUAGGUGAUGAUCGGAACAUUUCUGAAGUAUAUGUGUCCGGAAAGCAAGUGGUUCCUUUUUCAAGUUCAGUAUAAAUCCAUUUCACUUCUGCAAAGCRUUCUGCUGAUUGUUCUACAGCUGAUUUGGAAAAGAUUCAUUAAAMACCGUGCCUGAUUACCAGGAAUGACAUUACUUUUCCUGUUUAUGUUUYAAAACUUGCAAAUGUUAGAAAGUUUGUUAAACCUUCAAAGAACUACUUUACCAAAGCUGUCACAGUUGAAAGAGGAAGAAGGCAUAUAAAUUUCUCUAUGAAAAUAGCAUGUGUGCACUGAUAAAGAGAUAUGGUAAAUAUCUUUUUUAAAUAGGACAACUACUGUUCCUUUUAAUAAUAAUGUAGGAAGUAUUAAGAUGGGCAAUGAAACAUUCCUUGUCUCUAAAGUAUUUCAAUUCAAAAAAAACCCCACCAAAUUCCCCACUACCACUAAAUCUAUUUUCCAAACACUGAAUGUCAUGAAAUAGUGCAGUUGCCUUAAUAUCACUGAGCCUGGGAUAGUGUAACUCAGUGGCAUUUGG